AUGGUACAGGACGUGUACAGCAAGGCAGAUGUUUUGAACACUACAGCGAGCAUAGGCGCGCCCAACUUUCGCCAAGUCAAGGGCAGCUACCCGCUCUUUGGCAUGGGCCAGCCCAGCCUCAAUGGCUUCAAACAGGUCCUUCAGAGGCUGCAGAGCCAAGGCCACGAGGAGAUCAUUUUCCUCUGCGUGCGCGAAGAACCAGUGGUGUUCCUGCGCCUGGCGGACGAUUUUGUCCCGUACACGCCCCGCCGGAAGGAGAACCUCCAUGAAAACCUCCACGGCCUGGACAAGGAGCUGACCGCUGAGGCACUGGAGGUGACAAUCAGGAAGGAGCUGCACGACUUUGCCAAAAUGAAUGAAAAUGUGUUCUUCGUCUACAACGACAUCGAGCACUUCAAGGACCAGCCUCAGAACAUCUCCAUCUCGUGUGACGAGGACAUCCACAUAACGGAGGAGGUCUACAAGAGGCCCAUCUUCACCAUGCCUGCCUACAGGUAUCAGCGAUUGCCCUUGCCAAUGGAAGGAGCUCCUCUCGAGGCUGAAUUUGAUGCCUUUGUGAACAUUCUCAGGGAGACGCCCAGCCUCUCACAGCGGCGCGACCCCUCCAAGCCCCUGCCGGCCCUCAUCUUCAGCUGCCAGGUGGGCGUCGGACGCACCAACCUGGGCAUGAUCCUUGGCACCCUGGUCCUGAACCACCUUCGCCCCGACUCGCCUGCACCUGAGCAGCCAGAGGCCGACCAGACUGAGGAAGUGAGACCAGUCUUCCGAGCGAUCCAGGCGUUAAUAAGCCGGCUGCCGAGCGGACAGCAGGUCCUGGAGGAGGUGGACCGUGCCAUUCUCCUGUGCUCAGAGAUGCACAACAUCAAAGAGGCCAUUUUUGAAAACAAGAAGAAGCUGGAGGGGAUUGGAGAGGAUUACCAGUUUCAGGGAGGCAGCACAAAGGACUACUUCCUUCACCGAGCCCUGCAGAGCCUGGAGCGCUACUUCUACUUGAUCGUUUUCAACGCUUAUCUCCACGAGCAGUACCCGCUGGCGUUUGCGGCCAGCUUCAGCCAGUGGAUGUGUGCCCACCCGUGGGUGUACCGGCUGUUGGCACGCAUGAACCUGUCAGAGCUCCGCACGCCCGCUGACCUGGUCACCAAGGGCACCAGAGUGCUGGUGUCGGAGGACUACUUGGCCCCAGAUGUCCUGAGCACGAUGAAGGAGAUGAAGGUGGCCAACUUCAGGCGGGUCCCUAAGAUGCCCAUCUACGGCAUGGCCCAGCCCACAUCAGAGGCGACGGGCACGGUGCUGGCCUACCUGACGGACGAGAAGCGGAAGCACAGCCGCGUGCUGUGGGUCAGCCUGCAGGAGGAGCUGGUGCUGGAGGCCAACGGCUGCGUCUACUCCCCGCGCGAGCCCAGCUGCCUGGAGCAGCACAUCCCCGUGCCGGCCCCCGCCGGACAACCGCAGCUCAUCGAGCAACAGGAGACGGCGCUGAGGGAGGAGGUGCUGGCGGCGCAGAAGUGGCUGGAGGUGACCAUGGAGCAGGAGAAGCAGAUGAAGAUGUUCAAGAGCUGCCUGACGCCGCAGGAGGUCUUCAACCAGCACAAGGCCGCGCACCAGGGCCUGCAGUACCGCCGCGUGCCACUGCACGACUGCUGCGCCCCACGGGAGGAGGAUUUUGACCAGCUUCUUGAGGCCAUGAAGAGCAGCCUAGCGGAGGACCCGCGCUCGGCGUUCGUCUUCAACUGCUCCAACGGGAAAGGCCGGACCACCACGGCCAUGGUCACCGCCGUGCUCACGCUCUGGCACUUCAAUGGCUUCCCAGAAUUUGCGGAUGAUGAGAUUGUGAGCGUCCCUGACGCCAAGUACACAAAGGGGGAGUUUGAGGUGGUGAUGCAGUUGGUGAGGCUGCUGCCCGACGGGCACCGUAUGAAGCGGGAGGUGGACAUGGCGCUGGACGCGGUCAGCGAGACCAUGACGCCCAUGCACUACCACCUGCGUGAGGUCAUCAUCUCCACCUACAGACAGAUCAAGAGUGGCAAGCCUGAGAAGGAGAGCCAGCAGCUGCUGCUGCAGAGUCUGCAGUACAUGGAACGCUACAUGUACCUGAUCCUCUUCAACACCUACCUGCACCUGGAGAAGAAGGACUCCUGGCAGCAGUCCUUCAGCCAGUGGAUGCACCAGGUGGCGUCACGGGCAGGUGUUUACGACCUUCUCAACCGUCUGGGCUUCUCCGAGUUCGAGAACCCGAGGGACUCGCCACUCGCCAGCCUUCGUCGCCGCUGGCAACAGCAGAAUGCUCAGUCGCUGCCUUUUCGUGGAGAGUUCAUCUGAGAAGCUGAGCUUGGGAACUGUCUGAAGAAAAAAAUGUCUCCUUAAUUUUGCAAAACGUAGUCUCUCUCUUUUUUAACAAUGUUGCUUUUUAAGAAGCUGUUCUUUUGUGUUUUAGUUUUUUUUUUUCUGUUCACUACUGGUAUGAUUUUUUAAAAAAUGUUUAAUAUGAAGGACUGUUUUUAUGUUUCUAUAACCUGCCAUUUUGUGAAGAGCUAUUUAAUUUGCUUACAUGCAUUUAGCCUUUGUCUUAGCUGUUAAAAUUUGAUUUAAUACUUUUUUCAAUGUACAUCCCAUUUCACAAUCUGCCAUUCACUGCUGCUACGUAGGAGCAGUUUUGAAGAAGUUGAUGAUCAUUCCAGGUUUUAUAGAAAGAAAAAUGAAUGAAACAAAAUCACUCCAACUGAGUCUGAUAUGACCCUUUUUGGCCCGCACGACAGGAUGUACACCUACACUCUGUACCAUGAUUGAAACCCCAAACGUGUGUGUGUGUGUGUGUGUGGGGAGUCCAAGUGCGGUGGGCUCAGCUUCCGUUCUCCAGUUCCUGCUCCAUCUCGAGCUUUUGUUUAUGAGCAAAUUACAAGAGACAGAAAACAGAUUGAGGGUUCCAACCUUCAGAGAUUUGAGACUGAUACUUGUGGCCUGCCUUAUUCAGUUUGUCUAAACGUGCCUCUGAUCAUUUUUUGAGUACAUUUGCUUCUGAUCGCACAUUCUGACCGUGGUCCUGUAUUGUAGCCGUUCAUUUAGUUACUUUUCCAAUGUUCUUUUGUUUGCCCUUUGUACAACAUGCAAUUGUGAAUCGAUAAACAGAUUAUACAGUAUGUAUGGUCGUUUGCUGUAUGUACUAAGUGAAUACAGACGAUGAUGUCAUGCGACUUUGCAGUAGGUUUUGGCUAAAUUAAAGAAAUGGUAAUGACUGUGCGGUUAUUCUAUAAAACGAUUGCCAUACAGCAUCACCAUUAACAUGAA